AUGUCAUGGUUCAGUCAAGUCAACCAAAGCUCGGGUCACCAGCAGCCCACCGACAGCCAAAGACUCGCACACAUCCAGGGCUCAGCGGCCCCGGCAGCCCUCGGCGGCGGUCCCGGCUUAUUCGCCCCGGCCCUGGCCGACUUCCCGUCGGCUCCCCGGGGCGCCGCCAGCCCCCUCAGCCUGGAGAACCUGUCCUGCGCCUCGCCCAGUGUCGGCCAGGGUAGAGAGCUCGAGCCCAUCUCCUACGUGACCCUCCAGGAGCAGCGGUGUGUCCUGAGCUGGUUCCAGGGCUGGACCGCCACCCAGAGGGAGCGUUUCCUCCACGACCUCCUGGGAAAAGCCGUCCCGGGGAAGGUGUGCACCCUCCUGGAUUCACUCAGUACUCUGCAGGUCAAAGACAAGCUCCCCAACAUCUUUGAGUGUCAGCUCCGGCUGUGGACCCAGUGGUUUGAGUCUUGGAGGGAAGAAGAGAGGAAUCAUUUUCUGCACAUGCUGGAGGAGCAGAACCCAGAAUUUGUUGCCCAUUUUUACAGGAGUGUGUCUGGAACAGCAGGAGCUGACUGA